AGUGCAGUUAUUUGUUAUGAUUACAAUAGUCUUCGUAGAGGAAGAGGUAUCAGCUGGACAGGGCGUAUGUCGGGGAUAUUGCUGUAUUUAUCAUAUCUGUAUGGCAUAGGAAAAUAACGUAGACUACAAUUUCGGUUUCCGUUCUGCUUUCAACGACUGGCUUUGCCAAUUACUAACUAACGUUAACGUUCAAUGUUAAUGUUCAACGAAGCAGACAUCGGAACUCCUCAUUUUAAUGUUGUCAGCUAACGUUACACAGAGCAGCGAGCAGCAGUGAAACAGCCUCAUCACAGAGCCUGCACUGUCUGUGCUUCCCAACCUGUCCACCAGUCCUCUGGAGUGGCUCUUGUUGUAGUGGAGGGACAGGAAGGAAACCCAGCAGGCAGAGAGACGGCAGGACAGGCAGGACUCAGGAUGCCUCUGUUCUUCAGAAAGAGGAAACCCAGCGAGGACUCCCAGAAGAGACUGGAAUAUCAGCUGUGCCGGUCUAAGGAGGCAGGUGCUGAUGACAUCCUGGACCUGUCAGCUUGUGAGCUCUCAGAGGUUCCCUCGUCUGCCUUUUCCAUUUGCAAGGUGCUACAGAAAAAGGUCCUUAUCCUCCAUAACAACGAGCUGAGGUCAAUGCUUCCCAAAGGAUGUGACAUCUGCACUCUAGCCACUUUAAAGGUUCUGGACCUACAUGAGAACAAGCUAGCUUCACUGCCAGAAGACAUUGGGAAGCUGGCGUCACUGCAGAUUCUGAAUGUGGAGAAGAACUGUCUAAAGGCCCUGCCGGACUGCAUCGGGGAUCUGCGGCUUCUUCAGACACUUAAUUUGAAAGGCAACUGUCUCAGUGAGCUGCCGUCCUCGGUUGGUUCUUUGAGAAGCUUGCGCACUUUGGACCUGAGUGACAACAACGUGGUCCAGCUCCCCAAAGCUCUGGUCUACAUCCGCACCCUAGAGAGCUUUAUACUGGAUGCUGCCAUGAUGUCCUACCCACCUGCAUCUGUGUGUACAGAGGGUACAGAGAGUAUCCAGCGCUUCCUAUGCUCCGAGCUGGGAGAGGAGUACUCCCCAUCCCAGUAUCUCCUGCCGGUGCUGGAGAGUGAGUGCAGCAAACACAACUCUGACUGUGUGGAUGGCUUGGAUUUGGCCUGGCAGAGCAAAUUCAGUGACUAUGAGAAGAGGAAGGAGCAGAAGCAGCAGGAGAAGCAGGCUUUCGAGUGGCAGCUGGAGGAGAAGAAAAAAGAGCACACCCAGUUUAUGCUCAUGAACACCUCCCGCAAGGAAAGCAUCCUCAACUCAGUCCGACAGGAGCAUGAGCGUCUGGAGCUGGGCCUCAGCCAGCAGCAGAGGGCUCAGGAGGCCGAGAGGCUGCUGGUGCUGGAGAGAGUCAGACGAGCUGAAGACGGCAUCAGCAGUCGCAUCAGCAACAUGCUGCUGGAGAAAACCAGGCAGAAAAAAAGUGCAGAGUUUCUUCAAGCCAUGGAGGAAGAUCGGAUCCGUAUGGAGCAUCUGACUGCCAUCACACAGGAAGAAGCCAACUCGCUGAGGAAGAAGGAGGUGGCAGUGGCCAUGCAGAAGAUGCUGUCAGACAGCUGUGUUAUGAGCCUCCUCCAGGAGGCUAGUGACUUUCGCAGAAAGAGCCUGGUGUCUGAGGCCUCCAGAAGUAUGGAGAGUUUGGACAGGAAGUUUGAUAAGAUGCUGUCCCUCCAGGUUUUGGACAACUCUAAAGCCAUCGCCCACAUCUUGCAGGAGGAGGAGAUGCAGAAAGCAGCGUUCCAGGCCCUGCAGCUGCAGAAAGAUGCCGUACACGGCUACAUCCGCAACCAGAUCAAGCUCAUAGAGGGUGAAUUAAUGCAGCUGACUAGAUUGGAGAUCAAAAGACGCAAUCUGGAUGCAGAGAACCUGCAGGAGGUUAUGGUGGAGCAGCGAACAGCUCUCGGUGAUUUGUUGCAGCAGUUCCUGAAGCAGAGAGAGCAGAGAGAGCAGGAGCUGCGGCAGGUUCUGGUGGAGAUGGAGCUAAAGUCUGAGUCCAACCAGCAGAACUACUGGAUGAUCCAGUAUCAGAGACUUUUGGAUGCCAAGCCCCUGUCACUGCGUAUGCAGGAAGCGGGCGUAGAGAAGGAAUUGGUCAACCUGUUAUGUAAACUGUCAGCUCAGCACUACCUGCCCAUCCUGGCUCAUCAUCGGGUGACAACUAAGGCCCUUCACCACAUGAACUCCUCUGACCUCAAGAAGCUUGGCAUUAAUGAAAUGGGAAUCCAGAAAGCUCUUCUCAACUGGGCUCGGGAAUGCUACCCUCAAGGAGCUUGUAAGGCUGUCCAGCAGGAGGAGGAGGAGGCAGAGGUCGUCCCCACAGCUCCAUCCCCUUUCUCCCCUCCAACACUUUCCAACACCUCCACCUUCCAGAUCCCCAGCCCACCGCUCACCCCAGGGACCCCCGUCACCCCCUCAGCCCCCAGCCCUGUGGAGGGACCAGGGAGCUCAGAGUGUGUGGUCUGCAUGGAGACCGGGUCGCAGGUCAUCUUCCUGCCCUGUGGUCAUGUAUGCUGUUGUCAGGGCUGCAACGAGGCUCUGCAGAACUGCCCUCUGUGUCGUAGCAACAUAUCGCAGCGCAUACGCCUCUACCACAGCUAGGACCAACUGCACUGUGCUGCUCCUUCACCGACCACAUCGCUCUUUAUUUAUGCAUGAUAAUAAAGCUGACCUUGUCAUCUAAAAAAAAGGUUUUGGUAGGUUAUCAAAGAGCCGAAUCACUUUCCUGUAAUAAGCAAACAGUACUUUGAUGUAUAUGCAGAAACCAGUCUGAAUAGAAUUAUUUUUAAUAGCAUUGUGUUUUUGUUUGUCACUUAUAUAUUUAGAGCCAAGUGGACUACACCACUCACUGACUGUUCUUUGCCUUAUUAUAGUUUCUCAAUUGCUGUGUGCCUUUUUCUGGAAAUCUCUUUAUUUACCGUUACUGUGGCUGACUUUAUCAAUGCAUAUCAAGACAAGUUAAGGGGAAACUAAUUUCUGCCCUGGUCAAAGAUGAGCAGCUGUUAACACCAUCAGUUCUUCUUACUCUAUAUUACUAUAAAUCAAAUAUUUUAUUACCUGGCCCCAGGUUUGGUGUGUGGUAAUCUAAAGCGCAAAGAAAUUUACAAAUGUAGUGAGAGGAAAAAAAAGCUUAUCUCAGCUUGUCCUUGGAGACUGCACAUUCUGCAGCCUGCAUUACAAAGAGGGGGCAUGGACUUUGAAAAACAUGGAUGUUUACCCAACUAGUUAAAGACCCUAUUGAGUUGCUUUAUGGGAAAUGUAGGAUCCAGGGAUUUUGGAGCUUGCCCCUUGCUAAGGACUAAAAGUCAGGACCUCUCAGCCUCUGCUGCUUUGACCCUUCUGUCCUGCUUUAAAGUGCCAUGUUAAAUUGGUGGAGUACCCCUUUAAAAACAUUAUUUUGACACUCUUUAAGAUCAGGUAAUAAAACGGAAUCCUAUGCCCUUAUCAUGCCAGUGGAUAUGGUGAUUCAGCGCUGGAUAUAUUCUUACUUCUCCAAACAAAUGACCACAACCCAGGACUCCUUUGGGUCUGGGGUCCAUGGGCAGAUGCCUUCUUACUGGGAUGAUAAUCCAGUCGUGGACCUCACUUUAGUUUCUUCCCCACUUGUCACUGACAUAUCUUUGGUUCCCUCUAUUAUUUUAAUUGCUAUAUACGAUGCAGAUGUAUGAACUAAUAACACACCACCUGUUUGUAGCUAUCACUAAUGCUAUUCCACUCUUUCAAGUGCUCUUAACUUCGACAUCCCAGCAUGUUUCAGGAAAUAGCUUUACUUACUGUAUAUGACUGUUAAAUGUAGUGUAUAGAGAUUUCACUUCUAUACAAAUCUGACAUUUCAUGUCAACAGACAAUGUGAUAUAAAAUAUAUGCAUUGUCGUGCACUCACCUUGUGGUCCAUUCAAAAGCUUUGUGUUGCUGAAGAGUUGCUAUGCUACACAGCCAGCAACAUCUGAAACAUACUGAAAUACAGUUUACAGAGUUAUGUUGUGAAGUCACUGGUGGGAUUUUAAAAAAAAAUCAUUAAACAAACAAUAACAAAA